AGCGUGGCGGCUCGCGGGCGGGAAAGGCGAGCUCGCGCGGGAAGGGCGAGCCGCGCGCUCAGCAAAUAUGAAGGUCAUCACUUGUGAAAUAGUAUGGCAUAAUAAGGAGCCUGUUUACAGCUUAGACUUUCAACAUGGAACUGAUGGAAAGAUCAAUCGAUUAGCUUCAGCAGGCGUGGAUACUGCUGUUCGUAUAUGGAAAGUGGAAAAAGGACCAGAUGGAAAAGCAAUUGUGGAGUUCUUGUCCAAUCUCGCCCGCCAUACCAAAGCAGUAAAUGUUGUACGCUUCUCUCCCAGUGGUGAAAUCCUAGCAUCUGGAGGAGAUGAUGCUGUGAUUUUAUUGUGGAAGCUGAAUGAUAGCAAAGAAUCCGAACCAUUAGCUUUUCAGGAUGAAGAUGAAGCUCAGCUCAACAAGGAGAACUGGACAGCUGUUAAAACUUUAAGAGGCCACUUGGAAGAUGUAUAUGAUAUUUGUUGGACCUCAGAUGGAAAUUACAUGGCAUCUGCCUCUGUAGAUAACACAGCUAUAAUGUGGGAUGUCAAUAAAGGACAAAAGGUUUCAAUAUUAAAUGAACACAAGAGUUAUGUCCAAGGAAUAACCUGGGAUCCUCUAGGCCAGUACAUUGCAACUCUGAGUUGUGACAGGGUCCUGCGUGUAUACAACUCACAAACCAAACGUGUAGCAUUUAACGUUACCAAGAUGCCUUCUGGGGUAGGAGUUGAAGGAGAGGCUAGGAGUUAUCGAAUGUUUCAUGAUGACAGCAUGAAGUCAUUUUUCCGCAGACUGAGUUUUACUCCUGAUGGCUCCUUAUUACUCGCUCCAGCUGGCUGUGUUGAAUCAGGAGAAAAUGUGACAAACACCACAUAUGUUUUCUCCAGAAACAAUCUUAAAAGGCCCAUGGGUCACCUGCCCUGUCCUGGAAAGGCCACUCUUGCUGUUCGCUGCUGCCCAGUAUACUUUGAGUUGAGACAAACACUUAAUAAAGAUGAAAUCAGUCAGAAAUCAGCCCCUGCUCUAUUUAAUCUGCCCUAUCGGUUGGUGUUUGCUGUUGCUUCAGAAGACUCUGUGCUUUUUUAUGAUACUCAGCAGUCAUUUCCCUUUGGUUAUGUUUCUAACAUACAUUACCACACCCUGAGUGACAUUUCAUGGUCCAGCGAUGGAGCCUUUCUUGCUAUUUCUUCUACGGAUGGAUACUGUUCGUUUGUUACCUUUGAGAAGGAUGAACUGGGAAUACCACUGAAGGAGAAGCCACAGAUAAGUGUCAGGACUUCCAGUGCAACAGAGAAGAAAAUGAAGAAGAGCCAGUCACACAAAGUCAUUUCCCCAGGGUCUAGGCUCACAGAAGGGACUCCUCCUAGCAGGACCACUGAUCCCAGCACUCCCAUUCUCCAAACUAGAACACCCACAGCUGCCAGUAAGGAGUUGCCUUCCACACCUGUUGGCAUAAAAAAUGUUCCAGCUUCAUCCUCAGACGAGAGGAAAGCCAGUCAGCCAGCCAGCCAGAGUACUAAAGUAAACCAGCCCAGGAGGAUUACUCUCAGCACUUUACAAGCGUGGAGCAAGACGCCAAGGAGAGUAAACUUGAUUCCAGUGAAGACAGAUACUCCAACCUCAACACACACAGAUACAGUUUCGAUACCUUCUUCCUCAGAACAGGAGCAUGAGAGGCCUUUACCAGCUGAUGACAGUCUUCAAAAUCCCCCAGCACCUAAACGCCCUAGAACUGAAGAAAUGUCUCUUUCUACAUCUCCUGAAGAUUAAAUGAGCUGCGAUUCAAACAAAUAAAAGCUAAACUUUUAGUAGACUCUUCACGGUCUGAAGGCAAUGCAGCCCUAUCUGAGAGUGCAUUUCUUCUUGCAAAUGUUAAAUCCUCAGUUCCUAAUGGAAGUACCAUAUGCAUAUUUGACAUAGUGCUGUGAAGAAAGCUGGCUAUAGAAGACAGGCUUCAGGAAUGUAGCUUUGCAGAAGAGGAAAUAGUUGGAAAGUGACUUUAAGUGCAGUUCUACUUCUUGAAGACAGUCCUUUUUCAAGAAAUGCCACAGCUUAGGGAAAUCUGGGUAUUGAAAAGCUGUACGGUAACAUAAGCAUCUCCAUCAAAAGCACUAAAUUGGUGUUUUUAAACCUUAUGUCUUCCACGAACCUGUCUGACAAAAGAUUAGAGUUUCUAAGGACUUGAAGGCAUUCAUAAUGGUUUCUUGUGGUUUAAGACAAAAGGGAAAAAAAAAAAACAACUUCAGGCAGCUUGACUUAUGCAUUUAGCAAUGUGCAAAAUAAUUCAUGCCCUCCAAUACAUGCGGAAUGAAAGCUGAUGUUUACAUGCUCCAAAUGCAGCAGAUGCAAUAUCACUGAAAUAGAAAUCAAAAUAUGUAAGAAACAAGAAAGCAAAAGGAAGAGACCCCCUUAAGACCUGUUAAAAGCAUUAUUAAACAGUAGAAAGCAACUCUUAAUUGUUUAGUCUCCAUAUUAAAAAAAAAAUGUUGACAUGAGAUUUUUUUGAGGCAGCAAAAUCUGAGUGUAUACAUUAAAAGUACUGGUUUCCUUUAUCUUCUCUUUUGUCAAAAUCUAACUCCCUUAGCCAAUAAAAUAUAAUACAAAUUCAGUGUGUAUUACACUCUUAAAAGUUCAUUUAUUUCAGCAUUUAAUGCUUACUAUAUAAUCAAACUGAGACUUGCAGUUUGAAAACAGUAAGACCAAAAUAUUUGAAAACCACACUUCAGUUUUUAUGGUGCAUGGCCCGUGACUCCAGAAGUAGAAUGCACAGCCACACUAUUCUAAACUCAUUGGAUUCAUUACUUUUGUUUACCAUCAUGUGCUUUUUUUUUUUUUUUUAAGUAGAAUAACUGUUAAAAUAUGUUCAGUUGUUCUAGCUGAUGAUGGCAGAUAGAAGUUUUAAAUGGCAUUUUCUCUUGUGAUGAAACAUAUACUUCUAUCAUUUGAAGUUCCAACACAUGCAGGAGGGAAAAAUUGCAAUUCAUAUUAAAGCUCUUUACCUUACAUUCUUCCCUGGAUCUGGUUGUUUUCAAAGUAUGUAAUUUAUUUACUGUUUUUUUUUUCCUGUCAAUUUCUAAGAAACUGGACUAAUACCAUAGAAAAAGGGGAAAUAGAAAUCUUUCAGAAGUAAAAAAUGUAAAAAUUUCACAAGGAGAAGAAGUAUUAAUAAAUACCUAUGUCAGAAAGACAGUAUCAAACAAUUGAAACCUGCAGUCAAAUUUCAACAAAAAUGAAUAAGCAAAGAACUAUAGGAAACUAAUUACGUCUUUGCUUUACUAUGUCUUUGCUUUAAGACAUUGAGGUAAGGAUGAAGCAGAGCUUUAUUAGAUUUACCCAAACCUGUUUUUUUCAUAUAGUAAGAACUAUAAAGAAUUUAUUACCAAGCAAAGCCACAUCUAAAACCAUUUUCUUGUGAAAAAAGUUUAUAAAGGUAUCUAAUUUGUUAGCUAAUGCAGAUAUUUGUAGCUAACAUGUAAAUUGCUGGUCAUGCUGUUUUACUUUUUGUUCAACUUGAACUAUAGGGAUAUUGGUAUUUCAUCUUUCUGUGGGAUGGUGUCGUACUUGGUACUGCAGUGUCUGGUUUUGUGCCCUGCAAAUGAUCCUUUGAAUUAAAACUUGCAGUUCUAAACACUAA